CCUUACUGUCCAUGAUACGUGCAUUUGGCCUCAAUUCGUUUGGUCAAACCAUGCCGUCCGGAGGGAAUGGGGAGCUGCCAGCGGACAUUACCCGCGUACUCUAUUGUACUUGGGAAUGCAGCUUUGGCAUCAAUGAUAAAGGCGUUUUGGUGGUGUGGGGAUAUAACCCGCAGACUGGUUCAUUGACAUCAGGGGCAGUUCCGUUCCAUAACGUUCGAGGAACAGACGUUGUCAAAGUGUACGGCGAUCCAAACUCUACCCUUGGUAUCCUGCUCUCAGACGGCAGCGUGUACCACUACAGCGUACCUGGAUCGGGUGAGCCUAUGUUCGUGGCCAGCCAUUGCAAGGACGUAGCGUGCAUGGCCGGCUCUCAGAUCGUGAUUUUGAUCAAGAACGAUGGAGAAGUGUACCAUGCGGCCCUAAACGGUCGAGAAUCACCUACCAAGAUAGACAUACCAGCGGUCCAAGGUGCUGAAGCCUCCUUGUAUCAUGCCAUCCUCUACUGCAGCUCUCCGUUUGCUGUGUAUGGUAUAGGCUCCAAUCGAUUUGGUCAGCUUGGCUCACCAGAGUCUCCGGAAGCUCUGCAAGCAAUACCGAUUGCGUUUUUUGAUGGCUUGACUCCAACUCAAUUCCAAAUCAGCUGUGGUACUUUCCACACUGCUUUCGUUCUAGAUGGCGACGUGUACAUAUGCGGUCUAGGAACUCACCGCUCAGCAGGGAACCAGGAUGAUAACCAAGGAUAUCCUGUAUUGGCAGAGUUCCAGGAUGGGAAAGAGUGCGAUAUCAAGGUGGAGCUUGGGGUGUAGGAAGUAGCAAAUAUGGACAACUGCCGAGACAAGAAGGCAACAACGGCAAUGCACUGGAAUUAAACGAAAUUUUCCAUCGUUUAGAAUUGAAUGGCUAUGGAGUAGACUGCUGGGCAGGUCCACAGAACUCAUUCCUUCAAAUAAAAUGAUACCCACAGG